AAGCCUCGGACGGGGUCAGUCACUUCAGCGAACCUCUUCGCUGUAGAAGUCGACUCUUUCCGGCGCAAGCCGGCCCUGCACUGCCUCUGUGGUCGCUACGCCGUCUCGGAAGCUCACCUGUUUACUUUUGCGGUUCUGACAGCGAGCGGCCGCGGCGGCUCCGCUGAGGUUUGUUCCAGCAUCUACUGUUGUUGCCACCACUAGUUUAAGCAUCAUGGGGUUCAUUUCAGUAUCGAAUGCUUCUAACUCCACUGCUGCUAGUGUGUUCUCAUUUGGUACCCCAACAACUUUGACUGGAUCACUUGAUGAUAUUGCCUUCGGAUUUGGAAUGAAAUUCUCCGGAUCAGCUAUGACAUCAACGACCACCACCACUACUUUCACAACUUGCAGCACCACCGGAACCACCAGUAGCUUUGUCUUUGAUCUAAAUCCACGAACAUCAACUGGGAUUAAUAACACUGUUCCAGUUGGUAUUACUUACAUGCCUUGUACUUCAACUGUAAAAGCAAUUGUAACUCUCAUGAUGAAAUGUGGUCAGCUGGAGGAUCUGUUAAACAAAUGGACCCAUGAGUUAGAGGAUCAAGAGAAGUACUUUCUUUGCCAGAGCAACCUUUUCAAUGCUUGGGACCUUACAGUGAUUGAGAAUGGUGAGAAGAUUACUGAUUUACAAGAAGUGGAAAAAAUGAAACAGGAUCAGGAAAGGUUGGAAGGAGAAUUGGAUUUUAUCCUGUCACAGCAGAAGGAACUAGAAGAUCUCUUGACCCCUUUAAAGGAGUUUGUAAAAAAGGACCACGGAGGGUUUGUUUAUCUUCAGCAAGCAAAUAAUCAUGAGAGGAUAUACAAUUUAGCAGAAAAUAUAGAUGGUCAACUGAAACAAAUGACCCAAGAUCUCAAGGACAUUACUGAGUACCCGAAUGCAUUUCAAAGUCCUGCUAACACUGACCUGCUCUAUCAGAUCUGCAGAAUUCUGAAUGCUUAUAUGAGCUCUCUACAGUGGAUUAAUCAGAAUUCAGGCAUGCUGCAAAGGAAGGUUAGAAGAGGUAGCAGAGGAUUUUGAGGAUUGACGUCGCAAGGAGCAGGAACGCAAAAUCAGAAUUGAUUUUGAUUGAGUGACCAAAUCUUCAGCAUGUUGUUUUAGGAUUAUACAUUUUGAUGAUGUUAAAUAGAGUACUAUUUACAAUUACUAUUUUAUCUUCGGUUGUAAUAAAAUGUGCGUGUAUGUUUUUAUUUUUCAAUUUAAAUAUUGUGCUAUUGAGCAUUAUGCUGUAGUUUGACUCUUAGUCAUUUAAAAAUCAAAAGUACAUUAUCCCUUUUGUCUAGGCAGCAACCUAUUAGAUAUUGACUGUGUAGAUACAGAAAUAAUUAGUAUCUUACUCUGCUAGAUUCCAUAGCCUAACAUCAGCACACAUCAUCCUUUUUGGCUCAACUGGAUCACAGAGAAAUAUUUGCCAACAAAUAAAUGCCAGACAGUCUUUACUGGGUGCCCGUUAACAUUUGGUGAAUAAUGUUAGAUUAGUCUCUUCUUAAGGGAACUUACUGUUUAGUCUGAGAUACAAUUUUUGCCUGUCUGGAUAAAAACAGUAUAGACACUACAAGGAAGUGUGCUACAAAUUACAGAAAAUGUGCUGUAGAAAUUCAGGGUAGGGAGGAAAAGUUAAGGAGGAUUUCAAACUUGAGGUAGAUAAAUUUUAUAAGGGUAAGAUUCAGACAGUUUAUCUGUAUUUGAUGUACAGAUAUCCUGGUGUUUUAUUUGGCUUUAGCAUAAGGUUUAUAGUUGUUUUUUGUGUAUUUAUUUUUCAAUAAAAAGCCUUGUUCUUAGCUUGGAAA